UCCCAGUGACCUUGAGUUAACAGGCCUUUUCUAUCAUGAAGCUAUUUGUCCUGCUCUUUGCUGUUGCUUUCUUGGUUUUCCAGGUCAAAGCCAAGUCACCUCCAGCUAAUGCCCUUGGACUUCUAGCUGAACCAGAUGCUGAAGGGCAACAAGAGCCUGCUAGGCCAAGGAGUCCUAUUGUGUGCAACUCUGUUGGGGGGACCUGCCGGUCCUGCUGCCAUUCAAAUGAGGUGUCUGUUGGGAAAUGUUUGCCUGGCCUCCUCUGCUGUCAAGCUUACCAGUAA